CAAAUCACGUGACUUGCGGUGCACAGAAAACAUGGCGGCGCCCUGUGUGACAGCACUGAGGCGUUUGUUAUUUCAAUCAGUCUCCUCAGGCCUGUCACAGAGAGCGGUGCGGUUGCCAGGAUGUCAGCGAUGCUCGUGCAGUGCCCAGUGUCAACAACGCCGCCACUUCUUCUGGAAAAAAAGAACGGGCUCACAAAGCGUGGUUCGGCCCGCCGUGGUGCGGCCGUCUUACCCGGUACCUGAGCACAUCCAGAUGCCAGGUUACGUCUCCUCCAGCUCUGUGCCCGAGUGGCCUGACUAUAUUGAGAUAAAGGAUGAGGAGCAGAUUGAGGGUUUAAGGAGAGCAUGUCAGCUCGCUAGACACAUCCUCCUCCUCGCUGGAAGCAGGCUCAAGGUCGGUAUGACAACAGAUGAAAUCGACUUCAUUGUGCACCAGGAGACGAUCAGACACAAUGCCUAUCCCUCACCACUGCACUAUGGUGGAUUUCCCAAGUCAGUGUGUACAUCUGUAAACAACGUGGUGUGUCACGGCAUUCCAGACAGUCGGCCACUUCAGGAUGGAGAUAUCAUUAACAUAGAUGUUACUGUUUACCUGGAAGGUUACCAUGGUGACACCUCAGAGACCUUUCUGAUUGGUUCAGUGGACGAGCAAGGUAGGAAGUUAGUAGACGUGGCGCGACAGUGUAGAGACAAGGCCAUUGCAGUAUGCAGACCGGGACGCCCACUGUGUGUCAUCGGCAAUACCAUAAGUGAAAUCGCCCACGCGAACGGUUUCUGUGUGUGUCCAUACUUCAUCGGCCAUGGCAUCGGGUCUUACUUCCACGGUCACCCUGAGAUCUGGCAUCAUGCCAAUGAAAAUGACUUGCUGAUGGAAGACGGCAUGGCCUUCACAAUAGAACCCAUUCUGAUGGAAGGAACCUCUGAAAUCAGGAUUCUCAGAGACAAAUGGACCGCCAUCUCAACGGAUGACAAAAGAUCAGCCCAGUUUGAGCACACGGUGGUCAUUACCUCUGAUGGUGUCGAGAUUCUGACCAAAUUACCAGAUGAGGACUGAAUGUGGUCAAGAUUCUUGCAUGUUGUUUAAAGACAAUCAGGGUUUUGCAACAUACAGUGUAACAGUUGCAUUUAAUAAACUAUAGAAAAUAAGACUAUUUUUCAAAGAUGUACUGUAAUACAUUUGGAUUAAAAUAUGUGAAAGAGUGUUCUGAUUAAAGAAAGUACAAAG